AUGUUUCUUCACUCAGUCAACCUCUGGAACCUGGCGUUUUAUGUUUUCAUGGUCUUCAUGGCGACCCUGGGGCUGUGGGAUGUUUUCUUCGGCUUUGAAGAGAACAAGUGUAGUAUGAGCUACAUGUUCGAAUACCCGGAGUAUCAGAAAAUAGAACUUCCAAAGAAACUGGCAAAACGCUACCCGGCAUAUGAGUUGUACCUUUAUGGAGAAGGAUCCUAUGCUGAAGAACAUAAAAUUCUGCCUUUGACAGGGAUUCCAGUUCUCUUUCUUCCUGGUAAUGCUGGAAGUUAUAAACAAGUUCGUUCUGUUGGCUCUAUAGCACUUAGAAAAGCAGAAGACAUUGACUUCAAGUACCACUUUGACUUCUUUAGUGUGAACUUCAAUGAAGAACUGGUGGCGCUAUAUGGUGGAAGUCUUCAAAAGCAGACCAAGUUUGUACAUGAAUGCAUUAAAACGAUUCUGAAACUCUACAAGGGUCAAGAAUUUGCUCCAAAAAGUGUGGCAAUAAUUGGUCAUUCUAUGGGUGGCCUGGUAGCCAGAGCGUUGCUCACACUGAAAAAUUUUAAGCAAGAUCUGAUUAGUCUUCUUGUUACGCAAGCAACACCUCAUGUCGCUCCUGUGAUACCGUUAGAUCGUUUUAUCACAGAUUUUUAUAUGACUGUAAACAACUAUUGGAUUCUAAAUGCCCGACACAUAAAUUUAACCACACUUUCUGUAGCUGGAGGAUUCCGAGAUUACCAAGUUCGUUCAGGAUUGACUUUUCUACCACAAUUAAGCCAUCAUACCAGUGCCUUAUCUGUUGUGAUAACCCAGAAUUCUAAGAAGAAAUUGUCUGUUUUGAAUCACCAUUUUAUAAGACAUCCAGCAAAACACUUUGAGGAAAAUCCAACAGUAAUUUCUGACAUGACAGGGACAUCUAUGUGGGUUCCAGUAAAAGUACCCAAAUGGACCUAUGUGGCUUACAAUGAAUCUGAUAAAAUAUAUUUUACAUUUCCUCUUGCAAAUCAUAGAAAAAUCUACACUCAUGUCUAUUGUCAGAGCACCAUGCUGGAUACAAAUAGUUGGAUUUUUGGAUGCAUAAACAGUACUUCUAUGUGCCAACAAGGAGUUGAUUUAUCAUGGAAAGCUGAACUGCUGCCAACAAUAAAGUCUCUGACAUUAAGGCUUCAAGACUAUCCUUCUUUGUCUCAUCUUGUCCUCUAUGUACCUUCUAUUCAUGGAACUAAGUUUGUUAUAGACUGUGAAUUCUUUAAGAAAGAGACGCGAUCUAUUCAGCUUCCUGUAACUCAUCUUUUUUCCUUUGUUCAGUGGUUUAAUUCUUAUUUGGUGACAGUUAAGACUUCCUUUCCACAAAUACUUGGACAGGUAGUUAGGUUUCAUGGUGGAGCUCUUCCUGCCUACAUUAUAUCUAGUAUCCUUCUUGCUUAUGGAGGACAAUUAUACUCUCUUUUUUCAAUAGGUCAUUGCUUAGAAUAUGCUAUUAUGUUGGAUAAAGAAGCCAAACCUUACAAAGUUGACCCUUUUGUGAUUAUCAUUAAGUUUCUUUUGGGGUAUAAAUGGUUUAAAGAAUUAUGGGAUGUUUUAUUGUUACCUGAGUUGGAUGCCAUCUAUUUCACUAGUCAGAGUAUGUGUUUCCCUCUUGUGUCCUUGAUUCUUUUUCUGUUUGGAACAUGUACUGCCUACUGGGGAGGCCUCCUCGCUUCCACAUCUGUGAGGCUCCUAUCUUCAUUGUGGCUAGCUUUGAAAAGACCCUCUCAACUUCCUAAAGAUAUCAAGGUGAUAUCACCAGACUUGCUUAUUUUGACAGUUGUUUUGAUCAUAGUUAGUUGGGCAACUUGUGGAGCAUUUGCUAUUCUUCUUACUUAUCUUUACUAUGUGUUUAAGGUUGUUCAUCUGCAAACCAGCCUAACAAAUUUUAAAAAUGGCCAGAUUGUGAAUCCCAAACACUCUAGAAGAAGUGAAAAAAAAUCCAGUCACCACAAAGACACUACAGUACACCAUCUUCGUUUAUCAGCUAGUGAUGUAGAAGAUAGUCUUCGCAUGCAUAAUACUGUGAUUAAUUUACUAACAUGGAUUGUGUUACUCAGUAUGCCAUCUUUAAUUUAUUGGUUAAAGAAUCUUAGGUAUUGUUUUAAACUUAAUCCUGAUCCAUGUAAACCUUUGGCAUUUCUUCUUAUUCCCACUAUGGCAAUUCUUGGAAAUAGUUAUACUGUUUCAGUAAAAUCAAGUAAAUUGUUGAAGACUGCUUCACAGUUUCCACUUCCUCUUGCUAUUGGUGUGAUUGCUUUUGGGUCAGCACAUUUAUACAGGGUCCCGUGCUUUGUCAUCAUUCCUCUUUUACUCCACACGAUAUGCAACUUUAUGUAAGAUUGGAUUUAAAGAAUGAUUAUUUAUGUAAGAUUGGAUUUAAAGAAAGAUUAUUUAUGCCUAUAGGUCCAGUGAUGAGAAGGGAAUGCACAGAUCAAUCAACAGGGAUAUCAAGAUUCUUUGGAGAAGACAAAUAUAUUUUUACAGCAUUGAAAAUAGGAAAUUAGUUUUGUAAUGCUUGAGGAAAAUAGUUCAAGCAUGGUUUUGUUUUGUGGUGUGGCAUCUGUGUACUACUCAUUUUUGGAAAAAUUACUAAUGGGAUAUGGUAGCCAACAUCUUUGAGUCCUCUUUUGUAUAUCAGCCAGUCUG